AUCCACACAACCAACACCAACAACUCACUCCUCCUGCCCGCCGCAGGCAAUUCCUUUCAUUCACUCGUUCCCUCAUUCUUGUCUCCUUUCUCGACUAUCUGUUUCCGUGAUCUAUAAACUACUAACUUAUUUUCUUUUCUUCUGUUUACUUUUCUCGCCCCUUGAACAGCCUGGUGCUGAUCUGGCCUCGGAAUUCUUACUGCGGCAGGGCUGACUGUCUGUACAUCCAACCAUUCGAUUAAAGCAACUUCUCGUAUCUACGCAUCGCCUACGAUUGUCUCCAAAUCGGUUCGAUCGAUAUCGUUGUGGUUGAUCUUUCCUGGAUAUUGCAUCUGGUUCCGACGGUGUUACCUCGAUACAUUUCCUUGCCGCACAUAUCCGUCGCCUUGUGGGAUUUCCGUGUAAUAGAAUCAACAUUUCACUUUGAAGAGAUCCGUUGAUAUAUCGUCCUGCGACUGCGCCGACUCAGACUUACUUGAUGCUGCGGUAGAUUUAUCGCCGCAAUCACCCUAGAACUACUCUCUCUUACAUCAACAUAUCGCGGCAAUGCCACGAUUCGACCCUAGUAAUAUCCUAGGCGAUCCUUUCGCACUAUCCACCAUUUCGAUAUCAAUUAUCGCAUGGAUUAUCUCCUUCAUUGGCUCAAUCAUUGCAGAUGUUCAGACAGAUUUCCCCAACUAUGCCUGGUGGGCGGUCGCCUAUAUGAUCUGUGUCAUUGCCGGUAUAAUUGUCGUUGUGGGUUCUGAUACUACCCUGAUCUAUAGCAAUGCGGUCGUUGGAUAUCUAUCUGCUGGUCUUGCAUUCACUACCUUGGCUGUGAACUCUUUGGUUUACCAACCGCAAUCAUCGAAACAGGCUGCUGCCGCUGGUUUCAUCUUGUUGUCUAUGAUCAAUAUCAUUUGGAUAUUCUACUUUGGUUCUACGCCAGAGUCAAGCCACCGCCAGGCAAUUGACUCACUCGCAUUGAACAAAGUAGGCAAUGCAUACCACAACAGUCGCCCGGCCUCCAAUGCAUUCGGCGCUCGUCCCGCUACUACUGUUAGCCAGCCUCCUCAGAUGUACACCUCUGCUCAACUCAAUGGUUUCGAAACUUCGUCGCCCAUGUCCGGUUACCCAGGCGGCCCGCCGGGAUCGGACAAGCGCAAUACAACUGCCACCAACUUCCCCCCUGCCAACGUGGAGCCUUCGAAUGAAGUCAGUCAACCAACGGAAUAUCCCUACAAGGCGAAGGCCAUCUACUCAUACGAUGCGAAUCCCGACGAUGCCAACGAAAUCAGUUUCACCAAGGGUGAGGAACUUGAAGUAUCUGAUGUCAGUGGCCGAUGGUGGCAAGCAAGGCGAGCAAACGGAGAGACGGGCAUUGCUCCGUCGAAUUAUCUCAUCUUGCUUUAGAAUCCUUCUCUGCAAAGGAAGGACUAAAGCAGCAAAAAGAUAACACAAAAAAGAAUACUCUCCAAUGAACGUGUGCUCAUUAAUGCGAUUUCCGCUUCGGCGUCAUACACCUAGUUUACUUUGAUACCCUUGUGACAGGAUCAUCCUGCGGUUUUCCUUUUUUUUUUUAUUAUGACUGAUUUGUUCGGUCUUUGUCUUUUCCUCUUCGACUGCGAUUAACACGUCAUGUCAUGUUGCGAUGGGAUUUGAUUAUUACCUUCUCAUGACCAUAGUAUUGGGUUUUUUUCCGUCCUUAGUUUCGUUUUCAUUUCUUUGUUUAUCAACCGGGAUGUUCAAUUAGGAGGCUGUGGAUUUCUGACAAAAUUGAAUGGUUCAGUGUCAGUGUAGAAUAUAUGGUCAAUUUCAUAUUUGAUCAAUUGCAGCGG